AUGUCCAAGCUAAUGCGCGAACAGUGGCAGUUCAAGUUCUUCGACGUCUCGCAAGUCAAGCUCCCCGACGACGAGAGCUCCUUCCUGUCCGAGAUCGGAAACAUCACGUGCAUAGUAUCUGGGUCGGAGAGCAUCUUCCUUGGCAGCGCAGAUGGCAUCGUCCGCAUCGUGUCGCAGGCCUUCAAGGUCGUGCGCGCGUUCAAGGCCCAUGACGCAGGCGCGAUCACCCACAUGAAGCAGGUCGAAGGCACCUCGCUUCUCGUUACGAUUGCCGAAGACCUUUCUGGGGAGCCGGUACUGAAAGUAUGGGCUUUGGACAAGCUGGAAAAGAAGACGGGCAUUCCGCGAUGUCAGAGCACCCUCACCGUCCACAACGGGCGCAAGCAGUUCCCCAUAUCCGCUUUCGCAGCGCUCGACGACCUAUCACAACUCGCGGUUGGAUUCGCCAACGGUGCCGUUACUGUAGUUCGUGGUGACCUCAUACACGACCGCGGCGCGCGACAACGGACGGUAUUCGAGUCGGAAGAGCCCAUCACAGGCAUCGAGUUCAGGGAAGGGAGCAUCACGACCUUGUAUAUCGCAACGACCGGACGCAUAAUGACACUUGUAAUAUCUGGAAGGGGGCAAGGACAGCCGGCCAAAUCGCUUGACGAGUAUGGCUGCGGUGUGGGUUGCAUGGCGGUGGAUAAGGCGUCGCGGGACGUUGUCGUCGCACGAAACGAUGCCAUAUACUACUAUGGUCAGCACGGCCGCGGGCCACCGUACACAUAUGAGGGCGAGAAGAAGAUGAUCUCCGUGUUCAAGGACUAUGUCGCGAUAGUCGCACCCCCCAAAUCAAAUGCGAUGCCUCGGUCAAACCCUCUCCGUGCUUUCGGCGUCGGUGCCGCCGACGACGUCUUCAACACUUCGAGCUUCACCCUGCUCAACACAGAGCUGAGGUUUGUCGCACAUCAGGAGCAGCUGACUUCGCAAGUGAAGGCCGUCAUUUCCGAAUGGGGCGACCUGUUCGUCUUCACGAUCGACGGCAAGAUCUUCAGAUACCAUGAGAAGCCCUUCGCUCAAAAACUCGACAUACUGUACCAGCGCAAUCUAUACGUUUUGGCCAUUAAUCUGGCCCAGAAGGCUGGACUAGGCUCGUCACAACAGAACAUCAUCCUCCGGAAGUUUGGUGACUACUUGUAUUCGAAGCAAGAUUACGAUACAGCUAUGCAGCAGUAUCUGAAGGCUAUUGAUAACACAGAGCCAUCUCAGGUCAUCCGAAAGUUCCUUGAUACGCAACGGAUACAUAACUUGAUUGAGUACCUCGAGGAGCUUCAUGACCACCAUAAGGCCACAUCAGAUCACACAACGCUCCUGUUAAACUGCUAUGCCAAGUUGAAGGAUGUGGAGAAGCUUGAAGAGUUUAUCAAGUCACCGGACGAUCUGAAGUUUGACCUCGAUACGGCCAUUUUGAUGUGUCGACAGGGCGGUUACUAUGACCAAGCGGCCUUCCUUGCUCGGAAACACGGUGAGCAUGAGUUGGUCGUCGAUGUACUGAUCGAAGAUUCGAAACGAUACGCCGAAGCUCUGGCCUACAUAUGGCGACUGGAGCCCGAGGUGGCCUACUUCAACCUCAUGAAGUACGCGACAGUAUUGCUGCAGCACCUUCCCAAGGAUACGACGCAGUUGUUUAUCGACUAUUACACUGGAACAUUCCGACCCAAGCAGGAUGCUAUAGUCAUACCCAAUACGCCUGCAACAGGAGGAGGCGGUGGUAUGAGUAUGGGUCUCGGAGUAGCUUCUAGCGCUGUACAAAAUCUUGCUGCACUACUUCCACUGCCAUACAUGAACACCAACGCGUUGGCAUCGCCUCCGAGUGGUGAACAGAAGAGUACCAUGAGCCAAGCCCAGAUCGUCGAGACGACCUCAGAUGAGCCCGCUCCAGAGUACAAAGUACCGAAACCGCGAACUGCGUUCUCCGCAUUCGUUGAUCACCCUCAAGAGCUCAUAGUCUUCCUCGAGGCAUGCAUCGCAUCCGAUGAUCUACGCGAAGAUGACAAGGUCGAUCUUUACACCACCCUGUUCGAGAUGUACCUCCACACUGCAUCGUCGAAGAAGGAUGGCGAGCGACAAGAGUGGGAGAACAAGGCCAAAAAGCUCGUCGAAGGCAAGGACAUACCCAUAGACACGUCCAACGUACUGCUACUCUCCCAUCUGUCCAACUUCCGCGAUGGCGCGAUCCUUGUACGCGAACAGCAAGGCCUUCACUUCGACAUCUUCCGCUCCUACACGGCAGCGAACGAUACGCAAGGCGCCAUCCGCGCACUUCGGAAGUACGGUCCCCUAGAGCCAGCGCUUUACCCUGCGGCGCUUGCCUACUUCACCUCCACGCCCUCCGUCCUUGCCGAAGCCGGCGACGAGCUCGACUCGGUCUUGAAGAAGAUCGACGAAGACGGCCUCAUGGCGCCCCUCCAAGUAAUUCAAACCCUGUCCACCAACGGCGUCGCGACAAUGGGUAUGAUAAAAGCCUACCUCAGCACCACCAUCGAGCGCGAGCGCGCCGAAAUCGCCGCCAACCGCCGCAACAUUGAGACCUUCCGCGCCGACACCUCAACCAAGAAAACCGAGCUGGAAAACCUAAACACCAAGCCCGCAGUAUUCCAAAACUCACGUUGCCAAGUCUGCAUGAAGAGUCUCGAGUUGCCUGUUGUGCACUUCUUGUGCAAGCACAGUUACCACCAGAGUUGCUUGAGUACGGAUGAGGAUGUGCAUGAUGCGGAGGUGGAGUGCCCGAUUUGUAGUUCGAGUAAUGCGACAGUCAAGGCGAUUCGGAGGGCGCAGGUAGAGAGUGCCGAGAGGCAUGAUCUUUUCCAGGAUGCGCUUAAGAGGGGGAGGGAUGGGUUUGCGGUUAUUAGUGAGUGGUUUGGGAGGGGCGUUAUGGGGGUUGGUGGUGCGGACUAG